CCGGCCCAGCCUAGUGCCAGACGGCAGGCAGCACACGUCCAUUGACGCGGACGUCUCCUGGAGGAACCCGCACGUCACGGACAAGCCAUGGCGCCGCAACCGCGCUGCUCCAAGGGCCCGCUGGUGCUGGUGGCGCUGGUCUGUCUGUGGGCCGCCCUCGGAGGCUUCGCGGCAGCCGCGGCAGCCGCCCGGGCUGCGGAUGCGGCGGAAUAUGACCCGCUAAAAGCAUUUCGGUCUCCGUCCGUCGCCCCGACGGGCUACGCCGUGGACCUGCAGGUGGUGAACGACGCGCAGCAGCCGUCCUACAACCUGACGGGCCGCGUCACCAUCACCGUCACCUGCCGCACGCCGACGAGCCUCCUGAACCUCAUCGUCGACCCCCAGGUGCGCAUCGGGCCGAACCCCGUCCUCACGUCCACCCUGACGGGUGACGAGCCGAUGCGGGUGAUGCACUACCUACCGGGCGAUCCCUACAUCAGCCUGCAGCUCCCCAAGACCCUCAAGGCGGACCACUCGUACCAGCUCAAGCUCAACUUCAGCAGGAUCGUGCCCACGGACGUGCAGGCCGAGAACCGCCUGUACCACGUGGCGCUGCUCAUCUCGCCGGGCCAGGCCUACAAAUUCUUCCCCGUCUUCAACGAGACCAACUACAAGGCCCCCUUCGAGGUGAACGUGACGCACCUGCAGCGCUACACCUGCCUGUCGGCGUCCAAGGUCGGCCAGCGCAUCAAGGUGUUGGAAAGGCCGCGGAACACGACCGGAGAGUGGGUGCUCUCCGCAUUCGAGAAGUCGAUGCCCGUCACCCUGCGGCAGUUCUCCCUCCUCGUGGCAGACUUGAAGCUGGUCAACGAGACCACCAUCCCGCGUCUGGUGGACCCCAACAACAAGCCGGCCGACGGCUCCAAGUCGGUGCAGGAGCGCCUGUGGACGCGGCCCAACUUCGCCCGCGCCACCUUCCUGGCCGCCCAGAUGGUGCCCGAGGCCAUCUGCCACGUGCAGUGCUAUGUCGGCGUGCCCUUCCCCUUCAACACCAUGGACGUGGUCGCCAUGCCCUACUACUCGGACACACCCAUCGUGGCCGCCUCGCAGGCCGUCUUCAGGGAGAGCGACCUGCAGUACGACCCCAACAUGGACGGGCUCAUGCUGCGGCUGGCCCGCGUCGUGGCCGAGCAGUACUUCGGCGUGAUGGUGACGCCGGUGCCGGACUCACGCGCCGUCAGCGAGGCCCUGGCCAACUACGUGGCCUCCGAAACGGUGCGCGCGCUGCGGCCCCGGGAGGCCCCCGAGGGCACGGAGAAGAUGACGGUGCAGCGCGCCGACAUGAACCACGGCGCCCACGCCGGCCAGGCCGGCCACGCCGCCCCGUCCGCCGCGCCGACCACGGCCGCCACGGCCACCAAGGCCACCGCGACCACCGCGGCCCCGACGACCACCAAAGCCACCUCGGCCACCACGGCGACGCCAGCCACCGGGGUCGCCACGUCCGCCACCAAGGCACCAACCAAAACCAACAAAACUUGCGACUGCAAACAAUACGAGUCGGACAAGUCGGACCUCCUGGUGAACGCGCUGUACUCCGUCUACUACGAGCUGGGAUCCCAGUUCCCCCUGACGGGCCUAACCAGCACACAGAGGCCUGCCCUGCAAAGCGUAAAAACUGAAUUGAUCGUUAGGAUGCUGGCCAUCACGCUGGGCGAGAGGACGUUCAAGUCGGCGCUCAAGGGGCUCCUGGAGGACAAGAACGCCGGCUUCUUCUCCGCCAGCGACCUGUGGAAGCUGCUGACGCAGCACGCGUACGCCGCCGAGUCCCUGCAGCAGCCCCUGGACGUGGAGGCCAUCGUGGCGUCCUGGGUGGACAAGGACCGCUUCCCGCUGCUCACCGUGAGCCGCGACGACCACGACAACAGCGCCAAGCUGACGCAGACCGUGUUCCGGCGCCGCAACUACACCCCCGAGGAGCGCGACCUGGACAAGGAGAACGCCAUGGUGUGGAACAUCCCCGUGCUGACGCUGACCGAGGGCCAGGCCUUCGCGCGCCUCGAGCACGCGCCCCGCUUCUGGAUGAGCUCCAGGACCGCCCUGCUGGAGAACGCGUCCCUGGGGGACAGCUACCUCGUCGUCAACCCCGAGGAGACAGCUCCGUGCAUCGUCAACUACGACAAGCGCAACUGGGAGCUGCUGUCCAACGCGCUCAACGACCGCAAGGCCCCCGAGCUGCCGCCGCGCACCCGCGCCAAGCUGCUGCACGACGCCGUGAUGCUGGCCCACGCCGGCUCGCUGGCCUUCGGCGACGCGCUGCCGCUGCUGCGCUCGCUGGAGAGGGAGACGUCCCCCGCCGUGUGGCAGCCCAUCGGCAACGUGCUGGACCACGUGCGCCGCGACGUGGAGGGCACGCGCCUGGAGGACAGGUUCACGAUGUUCUUGGAGAGCAUCCUCCGGGGUGCGCUGCGCAACGUCAACGAUAGGCUGGACGCCAAGGACCUGUGCGAGUGCGAGGCCAGGCAGCUGUACGAGACGCGCGCCCUCAUCCUGCAGCAGCUCGCGCGCGCCGACAUGCAGCCCUGCAUCAAGGAGGCCAGGGCGGCCUACGAGACCUGGGCCGCCUCGGCCGACCCCGAGGAGGGCAAGCCCAUGCCGGACAGCCUGAUGUGCUGCCUGUUCCAAUGGGGCGAGGACAAGGAGUUCGAGUUCGGCGUGCAGCGCCUGCUCCACUUCCCCGAGUCCCGGCAGCGCACGGAGCGCGCCUUCCUGCUCCGGGUGCUGUCCGGGUGCCCCAGGGCGGCCAACCGCAAGCAGAGGAUCCUCAACAUCACGAUGCUGGAGAACAACGGCACCUUCUCCGAGGAGGACCAGCGCCUGGUGCUGCAGAUGGUGUCGACCAGGGGCUCGGACCUGCUCAACUUCCUGGACGCCAACUGGGACCAGCUCAAGGCCAGGUACGAGUCGCAGCCCUUCAUGUGGGAGCACCUGGUGUCGCGCGCGUCCGGCAGCCUCCGGACCCACGAUGAUCUCAAAAAGCUCAAGGAGAUUUUCCAGAAGCGCUCCGGCGUGUGGGGCGUGGCCGAGGGCGUGGUGCAGCAGGCCCUGCGCCGCGCCGAGUCCAGCGUGGCGUGGGCCGACGAGGCGUUCCCCAGCAUGGAGGCCUGGCUGGAGAAGUACCUCGUCAACAUCAAGAAGGAGUAGGCCUCCUCUUGUUCUGUCCGGAGUCAGCAGGUCGCCGAAUCUUCGCGUCUCUUUUGCGAUCCCGUGGGUAGUAAGGUGAACACACGAAGAAGUUGGCUGUGACGUUUUCUUUUCUGAGAGAGUGGCAAUGCGAGCCGCCGUUCGACCUGCCGGUGCACUGCGAGUAAGAAGGCCUCGUCCUCUGGAAGGGAUCAGCCGCCGAACAUCAUCUUUGCAGUCCUUCGGAGGGACUCGGCCAGGCUCGGCCCAUGGCACUCCGUGCAGGUGUAAUAAUUAACGCUAAGCAACCUAGACUGAAAUCUUUACUGUAAAGACGACCGCACGAGGAACACUACGUCAAAAAGGUACUUCGUAAUAGUAGCUAAAUUGUUUUAGAAAAAAUUUCUGUCGGCAAUAUUUGUUUGAUAUUUAUUAAUAAAGUGUCAUUUGUGUUCACCUCUA